AUGGCUGAACCAGCUCCAGUCUCUGCAGCAGCACUACUCCCCCACGUCUCUCUGCCCGCCGCUGGCCCUCCCGCAGCAGGCACCGCCGUGUCCAGCGCCGCCUCGCCGUCGUGGUUCCUCAACCGCGAUCCUCACUUUCUCCCAGCCUGGGCGCGGAGUCACGUGAAAUACGCGCAGAACCUCCUGGAGUCCAGCAGCGAACCCAUUGAAUAUGACCACGACGAGAUAGACUACCGAGAUAACUGUUUCUUCUUCCCGGAAGACUGCGUCUAUCACCCGCCGCCACCCCAGCCCGGCCAGCCGUCGCUCCUGGGCGAUUGGGCGAGCAUCCCGGAUGCUACAGAGGCCGACUCCGACCUGGAAAGUAGCAUCGACAAAAUGGGCCCUUCGAUGCUCUCUGGCAUACGCAUGCUGGACACAGCAGCACUGACGGAUUUGCUGGAAGACAACCUGUCCCCGCCCGAGAUCACCUCCAUCUUUAUUUUUGCUACGAACGGCGCUAUAUUUGCCCACGCCUCUCCCCUGCCUCAACGACAGGUGAGGAGUCUCUGUGCCACAUAUGGAACCGCCUACGUAUCCUACGCAGUAAGUCACUCGAAUGGCAACUUGACGGGCGUCAAUCCUGCAACCAACCCAUCAUCAUUCGUGACUGCACCAUCUAUUCCGCUGCGCGACGUUAGCAGCAUAAUAUUCGAGCUCGACGACCACGUCGCAGUCGUGACAAAGAUUGCGGAGAAGGUCCUGCUUGCCACGGUUGGCCCAGCACGCACUGACAACAAUCCCAAAUCUCCCCUUUCCAACGGCAACCACCGAAUCCCUACUCUGACAAGCUCAACAGCCAGUGAUGUUGAACACGCCCUUCGGCCUGUUGACUUCUUCCCAACUGCCCAAGAGCAGCUCAGAAGCUCUACUCUUGAACAAGCCGCGAAACUCGCCUCAUCGGCGCCCGCACAGGCCGGCAUUAUCCCAGUAUUUGCUCGCGUUAGCGGUACGAAUACUACAAACGAAGCAGCAGACGAAUCCUUACGCGCGCAGUGGGAAAUCGAUAGGACGAGUGACCUGGACCGCUUAUCCAGUUUGAAUCUCAACUCACCACCUACGAUUUUACUUGCCUUGGAGUCCAAAUCUGCAGCCCUGGGGAGAUUCUUAAGUAAUAAGCUGGCCGAUUUAGAGAGCCCGGAAGAUUUUUGA